CAAGCGAUGGCAGAGCCGCAGUAGCCGCCGCCAUGGGCUCGGAGCCGCCUCGAGGAGCCCGGGCGCCGGACGGGGGCGGCGGCGGCUGCGCGUGCGGUCGGCGGGACUCGCGAGGCGGCGGCGGCGGCGGCGUCUGGCGCGCGCUGGCCGGCUUCUUCGCCUUCUCGCUGGCGCUGCACCUCCUCACGCUCAGCUGCUACCUGGAGCUGCGGUCCGAGCUCCGCCGGGAGCGGGCGCCUGUCUCCGGCCCCGACGCCGGCUCCGCUCGGCCGCGGCACCGAGACGCGGCCCAGGCGGCGGCGGCGGUGGCUCCUUGGCAGGGCCGCCUACAGCGUUUGGCCGAGCCGCCGAGCGGCGGGAGCAGCAGCCGCAGGAGCCGCCCCCAGGUGGCAUUGCUAAAUUUCUUCUCUUCUGAUGAAGGACCUCACCUGGAAGAAGAAAACCAUCGUGUCCGUAGAAACAAAAGAAGUAAAAACAGUGAGGGAUCAGAGGGCACAAGUACAUCAUCUAAAAAGAAAAAAGGCAAAAAAGCUGGCCCUCCAGGCCCCAAUGGACCUCAGGGUCCCCCCGGACCUCCCGGACCUCAGGGACCUCCAGGAAUCCCAGGGAUCCCCGGCAUUCCAGGCACCACAGUCAUGGGACCUCCCGGACCCCCUGGACCCCCUGGACCCCAGGGACCUCCUGGGCUGCAGGGCCCUUCUGGUGCUGUGGAUAAAGCAGGACCUAGAGAUGCACAGCCAGCUGUAGUUCAUCUGCAAGGACAAGGGUCAGCAAUUCAAGUAAAGAAUGAUCUUUCAGGUGGGGUGCUGAACGACUGGUCUCGCAUCACGAUGAACCCCAGAGUGUUUAAGCUGCACGCCCGCAGUGGGGAGCUGGAGGUACUGGUGGAUGGCACCUACUUCGUCUAUAGUCAGGUAGAAGUAUAUUACAUAAACUUCACAGACUUUGCCAGCUAUGAGGUGGUUGUGGAUGAGAAACCCUUCCUGCAGUGCACUCGAAGCAUUGAGACAGGGAAGACUAACUUCAACACCUGCUACACAGCUGGGGUCUGCCUCCUCAGAGCCAGGCAGAAGAUUGCCGUGAAAAUGGUCCAUGCAGACAUCUCCAUCAACAUGAGCAAGCACACAACCUUCUUUGGAGCGAUACGGCUAGGAGAUGCACCAGCAUCCUAAAGGAAUAUGGCACACAGUGAAGGAGGGGCCUCCCAGAACUGCGCAGUGUUGCUGCCCAAAGGAUCCCAGCCACAGAGAGAAUUGAUGGCAGCGCUAUUUAUCCCUUAAUGUCAAGGCAGGAAGAUCGAGGCUUGUGUUGAGAAAGGCAAAUGGGAGAGCACUGGGGAGGAGAAGGCGGCAAGCCUCUAUGGCCUCUCUCCAGUAUUUCAUGUUGUGCCUCUGAGACCUGUUUUGUGGUGAUUGUUUCCUGCUUGGAUGUUGCCUUGUCAAGAGCAUCUGGCAGGAGGUGACAACAGGCAUACAGCUGUCCGGGCACUCGUGCAAGGAACUGUCGGGGUUUGCAUUUCUCCACUAAGCUGAACAAGUUCUGCUGUAGGGCUAUGCAUUCCCAGUGGAGAAUCAGGUUGUUUUUAACCGUCAUUCUCUGGACAAUAGCUAUAAGCAGACCAAGUACUUCGUGGCAGUGUUUAGAAGCAGGCAGCAGGCACAAUGAAUGUCAUAAGAGCAACAACAACAAAAUGCUUUCCAGUAAGCAUUCCCAAAGUGAGUGUUAAGCUGCAGUGAGAACGGGAGGUUCCAAUGCCUCAGUCAUUUCGCAGCUCCUGGCAGAGAUACUGAGGUCUCUCUCGGGGGCCCUUCCAUAGGCUGGUCUUCCUCUAACAGUUGAUGUAGUCAGGAGAGUUAAAAGUUGCAGGCAACAACUACAUUCUGCCCCGCUGAAUGGUCUUUUAGGAACUAGCAGUGUCACCUUAAGAUCACUUUUCUGGAGGUAAACCCGACAGAACAGACUUGAGUAAGAUUCUCAGAAGAUCAGUUUAGGAUCCGUCUCUUAAAAAGGCUUAAGCAAAAAUGGAAGUCUGCUUCCAAAAGUAUCAUCAUCAUCAUCAUCAUCAUCAUCACCUUUUAUUGGCAUAUAAAAGGGAAAAAAACAAGACAAGUACAAGAUUAAUGCCCAAGAGUAAUUUAAAAUAUUGAAACCGGCCAAGAACCACAGUAAUAUAGGCAAUACACUUCCCAAAGUAAAUGUUUUGCUUCCAGGCUUUGUGGUGCUUUUUCCUGUCUUCAGGUGUCUCUUUUCAAGAGAGACCUGCUCGGAAUCGGCCGUCUUUCGAUCUUUAGGCUUAGGUGAUGUACUGCACGGAUGGGGAUUAUGUCUCGUGCUGUUUGAAUAGUCCUCAGCUAUCCUUUCUUCUCAAUUGGCAAACUGAAUCACAGACAGCCUUGCGUGAGCUUUACUUGCAUAUGCUAAUCUUUGAAUAUGUCCUGCUUUCCCAGAAAAUAAUUGUUGUUAGAAAGGAAGUUGAUGGGAGUUCCCCAGAUCAUGAAAGAUGAUGAAACUGUAGCAUCUGGACAACAAAUCCUGUCUGAGAAACAGCUGUUGAGAUGUAGGCAUUCAUCUCUUUUCCCCCAGUUGGGACUAAUGCUGAGAAGCAAAUUAAAGGAACAAAUCUGUAAGAGAUGCUUGAAAGUGAUGAGCUUGCUGCCCAGGAUCUUCCUGUGGGAGAUCCAAGAGCCUUCUUUGCAUGGUGAAGCCCAUCUCCUCAAGGGCCCAGGGGGCACCUUCAUGGUAGGCAGGCAGGCAGGCAGGCAGGUGGGACUGUUGGUGGGUGGUGAAGUGAGUGCUGGUGGGUGGUGAGCAGCAGUUUGGAAGGGCAGGCUGUGUGCAUGGAUCUGAAGCAUUUCGAGCUGAACAGACCGAGGCAUUUUCCUCAUCUGAGUCACGCAGACAGAAACACCAUCCCAAGCUGGCCCAGGUAAUGCUUGUCUUGAGGAACACUCUCCUAGAAAGCUCUCCCCUCUCCUAGAAAGCGCCAGCAAUCUGGUCCAGUACCUGCGGGCUCUUCCAACAAUCCCCACAUCUACCUGUAUCUGUUUCUGGAGCAAAGAGGGAAAUAAAGGCGUUCGUUCUAUGAUGGUUCCUUUCUCUGUUGAACAGGCAAGGACUGUACAGGAACAGAAAUCUCUUGAAUGCCAAACGUGGACAGCCACCACUGUUUACUUGUAGACUUGCAACCAGGGCUGUGCAGCCAUUGAUGAAUCUGUCAUGUUUAAAAAGAUGCUGAUAGUAUAAUGGCCUAUUCCAAAUACUUCUAGAAGACCCUUCUAAGACUGUACAACUCUGCUAAAGUCGCACUGAUAUUUGCCAAUUGAAUUUCACCCCAGCUUUUUGAUAGAAGCACAGGGGCUUCUACUACACUGGCUAUAUGUUCUGCCUGCCUGAGCGUGCAUUACUUGUUUGCAAACUUUAAUACUCUCACAAGCUUUUCUACAUUGCUUCCUGCAUUUGACAGUUCUGACAAUUAGUUUCAUAUAUUGAUGGAAGUAAACCCACGAAUGACAGAAGGGCUGUAGGCAAAGGACAAGCAGCCCAUCUUACAGUGGUGUAAGAAAGACAGAGUGCGCUGGUGCUGUCUGCUGGUCAGCAUCUUGAUUCAUAACAUUGCCUGUAUAUAAAAUAUACAUAAUGUACAUAAAUGGAGAUGUAAGUUUACAUAAAUUGCCAAUAUUUUCUUUGCAAAUAAAACUUAUCUGUCCUGA